AAUGAUGCAGUGGUUGGUGAAGGCGUUCUGAGCUCUCGAAUUACGCAGCCAAAGUUGGGAGCAGAGGCGCGCGUUGGAGAUAUAUAUAUUUUCUUCUGGUGAUUUACCAAAACACUAAACGAAUUGUCACUGCGCGCGCUUGUAGAUUGUGUUUGCGCGUGAAAUUUGUUGGCAAUACAUUCCUCUACUGCUCCGAGGACAGGGCGCGCCACAGGAACGCGCUUUGGGGUUUCUUUAAAUUAUCAGGCAUAAGCCUAACAUUAUGAGGUGCAGCCAUGGCAGGCAAGGGUAAGACAGCUGCGAGGACGCUGGAGGAUUUAACGCUCGAUUCCGGUUAUGGUGGAGCGGCGGAUUCCUUCAGGUCGUCCAGCGUGUCGCUCUGUUGCUCGGACACGCAUCUGUCGUAUGCACAUGGGGGCAACUGCUGGCAUCUGACUGAAUCAAUGCACAGCAGACACAACAGUUUGGACACGGUCAACACAGUCCUGGCGGAAGACACGGAGAUCCUGGAGUGCUCGGGCCAGUGCGCCAAACUGCCCGAGCUGGAGGAGGACGUGCCGUGGAGUCUUGGAGAGGUGGAAGGCGCGCUGCGCAAAGACGAGGAGCUGUGCGUGGGGAACGCGUCGCGGGAGAUCCUGGCCAAGCUCUCCGCGUUGGUCAGCCGCGCGCUGGUGAGGAUCGCCCGGGAGGCGCAGCGCCUGAGUCUGCGUUACGCCAGAUGCACCAAGCACGAGAUCCAGAGCGCCAUCAAGAUGGUCCUCUCGUGGACCAUCUCCGUAAACUGCAUCACUGCGGCGCUCAGCGCGCUGUCGCUAUACAACAUGAACACGGGCGAUAAGUUCAGCCGGGGCAAGUCUGCCAGAUGCGGACUCGUCUUCUCCGUCGGGAAGUUCUUCGGGUGGAUGGUGGAUAGCCGGGUGGCCCUGCGCAUCCACGAGCACGCGGCGAUCUACCUGAGCGCCUGUAUGGAGAGCCUGUUCCGAGAGGUGUUCAGCCGGGUGCAGAGGAGCGCGCUGGUGGAGAAGGAGAACGGAGUGCCAAAGUUUUCCGUGGAGACCCUGGAACAGGCCAUAAAUAACGAUUCGGAGCUGUGGGGUCUUUUGCAGCCGUAUCAUCAUCUCAUUUGUGGCAAGAACGCAAGCGGUGUAUUGAGCCUGCCGGACAGUCUGAACUUGCACCGUGACCAGCAGCGAGCAGGGAAAACUGGAGAGGGCCAUGCCUACAGCCAGGCUGAACUCCGCACCAUUGAACAGUCCCUCCUGGCGACCCGCGUUGGGAGCAUUGCAGAGCUCAGUGACCUUGUGUCCCGUGCCAUGCAUCACCUUCAGCCUCUGCACAUCAAGAACCCCAGCAAUGGAACGCCUGUACACCAGAACCGCACCGGCACUGUGCACUGGGAACCGGAGGCCCUCUACACGCUCUGCUACUUCAUGCACUGUCCUCAGAUGGAGUGGGAAAACCCUAAUGUUGAACCUUCGAAGAUCACCCUGCACAAUGAGAGGCCGUUUCUGGUGUUGCCUCCGCUGAUGGAGUGGAUCCGGGUGGCCGUGGCGCACACAGAGCACCGCCGAAGCUUCUCUGUGGACAGCGACGAUGUACGACAGGCAGCCCGACUGCUGUUACAUGGGGUGGACUGUGAGCCGCGGCAGCUGAAGGUAGACGACUGCUUCUGUGCCACACGGAAACUGGACGCUGCAUCCACAGAAGCUAAAUUCCUGCAGGACCUGGGGUUCCGGAUGCUCAACUGCGGACGAACUGACCUGGUCAAGCAAGCAGUCAACCUGCUCGGGCCAGAUGGCAUUAACAGUAUGAGUGAACAGGGCAUGACCCCUCUUAUGUACUCGUGCGUUCGUGGGGAUGAGGCCAUGGUGCAAAUGCUGCUGGACGCUGGAGCAGACAUCAACAGUGAGGUGCCCAGCUCACUACACAAGCACCCCUCAGUUUAUCCUGACACCAGGCAGGGGACUCCACUCACAUUCGCCGUGUUACACGGACACGUCCCUGUCGUGCAGCUUCUGCUGGAUGCCCCAGCAAACGUGGAGGGAGCGAUUCAAGAUGGAGCAGAGAACUACACAGAGACGCCUCUACAGUUGGCGUCUGCGGCAGGUACCAUAAAACAUCUCAUCAACACACGUAAAGAAAUACAAAAACUGUACCUUUACCUGGUGCAGUACCCUCUCAGGAACGUGUUCCGGAAGCUUCUGUCCCAGGUGGAAAAGGACAAGGGGGACUAUGAAUACCUGAGUGAGUUUGUUACAUGCACUUGCUCCUGCAGGAACGUGUUCCGGAAGCUUCUGUCCCAGGUGGAAAAGGACAAGGGGGACGUGCUGUCUCUGGAAGAGAUCCUAGCCGAGGGCUCCGAGACCAUAGAGAGGAGAGUACCACAGAACGAAGCCACCCUCCGGACAGGCAAGGCCAAACUAAGGGCCCUCCGCGAGGCCAUGUACCACAGUGCCGAGCACGGCCAUGUGGACAUUACCAUAGACAUCCGCAGCCUGGGCGUGCCCUGGACCCUGCACACGUGGCUGGAGUCCCUGCGAACGUGCUUCGUGCAGCAGCGGCGGCCGCUGAUCCAAGGCCUGCUGAAGGACUUCAGCUGCAUUAAAGAAGACGAGUACACGGAGGAGCUCAUCACACACGGACUGCCACUCAUGUUCCAGAUCCUUCGAGCCAGCAAGAACGAAGUGAUCAGCCAGCAGCUGUCAGUCAUCUUUACCCAAUGCUACGGGCCUUUCCCAAUCCCCAAACUCACCGAGAUCAAAAAGAAGCAAACGUCUCGUUUGGAUCCACACUUUCUCAAUAAUAAAGAGAUGUCUGACGUGACGUUUCUGGUGGAAGGAAAGCCCUUUUAUGCCCAUAAAGUGCUGCUCUUCACUGCCUCACCAAGGUUUAAGUCUCUGCUCUCUAACAGACCAGCGGCUGAGAACACGUGCAUCGAGAUCAGUCAUGUCAAGUACAACAUUUUUCAGCUGGUAAUGCAGUACCUCUACUGUGGCGGCUCUGAUUCACUGCACAUCAGGAACACAGAAGUUAUGGAGCUCCUGUCUGCAGCCAAGUUCUUCCAACUUGAAGCUCUCCAAAGACACUGUGAAAUCAUCUGCUCCAAGAACAUCACAACUGACACCUGCGUGGACAUUUACAAACAUGCCAAGUUCCUGGGGGCUCUGGAGUUGGCAGCCUUCAUUGAGGGCUACUUCCUGAAGAACAUGGUGCUCCUGAUCGAGCUGGAGAACUUUAAGCAGCUACUGUAUGAGGUUCCCGCAGAGAGCCCCGGUCCAGGCCCAUCCUACGACAUCCUCCACGACCUCGAGAGAACCCUGGCCCUGCGGAUCCGCUCCAUCCAUCUCUCCACUUCCAAGGGCUCCAUCGUCUGAUGCUUUGCCAAACUCACACCAACCGCUCCAUGCUGGCUUUCAUCGAGAGCUCCAUUAUUGUUUGCCAACCGGUUGGAGACAUUUCAAACAUCACCGCCGUCAUGACCAGUACCUUCCUGACGGGAUGCACUGUAGGGAAGACCGAGAGAUUGCAUUUCACUCCCCAGGCUAACAUCUCCACAGCGUUGCAAAAACGUCAGCCUGCUAAACUCAUACCAUUCCAAGGGCUACGUUUACGUGGUGGAAAUAUUGUCAUGACAACAUUAUGACGCCCAACCAAUGUUAGUGCCCAGGGAAACCGUGGCUCCUGAUGUCAUUACUGCCUCGGCAAUGCAUGCAGAUGGAUCGGGUUCAUUUUUAGGUGGAACUGUCUUGGGGAAUGAAUAUCAUGCUAACUGCCGAGGACAGUUUUAGUAACACACACAAGUAUAUAUAACUCUCCAAUUGACGUAAUAUUGUUAGCCUGCCUUCUGAACCUUAAAUUUGUGUAACAUUCCCUCCAAGUGACGCUUAGCGCUAAGCAGACGAUGCAUGUUAAGUUAGGUGAUGCAGCCAUCAAGUUUCCCCAGCCAUUUGUGUUCGAGUUGGACAAAAUCAUCCACUAGGUGUAGAGUUUUACAAAGGAGGUGUUUUGUAUACUUCAUACUCACAUCCAACUACAACUUUUGGUAUUUGUGUCACUGAACAAUAAUAUGCCAUCUGUUGAAAUCCUAGCACUUGUGUUUAACGCUUUGCGGUUUUAAGGAAUAGAGAUUUGCUACCUUCAGUCAUUUGUAGACUGAUCCAACACAAAUUAGCCAAGCAAUGGUAGACUAAACAUGUUGCUUUUAGUUUUACGUCUCACCCAAAAGUUCAUUGUGUCCACCAGUGCAUUAGUUCUAAGCUAUGUUUCAACCCACACGUUUUAAAAACCCUCUAAUCUACCACUGUGCUUAGUACACUUCAAACUGAGCAGUUCAUCCUUGCCUUGAGGUUGCGUAACCAACCAUCUGUGUCAAAUAAUCUGCAUGGAUCAUGUCUGGAACUUCUGUAAAAUACAAAAAAGCUCAUUUUCCUUUUUGCGGAUGCAGAUUUACGCCCUUUGUGCAGGACUCUACUGUUCGUUGCUUGCGAGUCUGUCGAAAUCGUGCGUUAUUAGAGAUGCCAUUGCACUGGCCGCCACCUUCGUGACCUGAUGUACAUAUUCCCGGUCUUCACCUGCUGCGCUGCUUUUGUUUAAUGUGAAAAAUGUGAAGCCAGCUCAAAACAAGCUGUUUUAAGUGUGCAUGUUCCGCUUUUUCCUGUGUUCGUCUGUAACCCUUCAGGAUGUUGGUAAGUUCGAAACUGUACUGGACGUAUGGUGUUACCAGCAGAAGAUUUUGUUGGCCAGGCUGAACCCAAAGUGACAGAUUUUGAAGUAUAUAAGGCAUUUCAUCCAAAGAUUAUGACAUUAGAAUUUCAACCAAAUACUCCAUUUAUUGGCACACAUGAGAUAUGAAUAUUGGAUAACAUUGGUAGGCAUCUUACACAUGCUGGUAGCGCUGUCCAAGAGUCCUGUUUUGAUUAGAGGUGUGUUGUAUGAUUUCUAUUUCAUGUACGGCAAUGGAAUAACUCGGUUAUGAACAUCCUCAUGUAACAUGAAAGGUUGGAUUAUUACUAAAUUACCCAUUGAAAUACAUAGUUUAUUGAUAUGUAGCUGACCAUGGAAUAACAAUAUCAUGAUGCAAAUAAUUUAAAACUGUGAAGAUACAUUUAUUUUAAAGAAACUUAGCAUAGUUACUUUAUUUUCUUACAAAAUACAUUUAUUGUGAAAUCCCUGUCUGCUAUUUUGUGUAACAGAGAUAAUAAGUCAUAAUGUAACUGUAUCUAUGUCCUUGCAUUUGCAAAAUGCCAUUGCUUUGAUAAGCUAACACAAAAACUGACAAGGAUAAAUCAUCAUGUAAUUUUAAAAGAUCAGACCUGCUUAUUUGCAAUGUCUUCAGUAAACCCCACCAUUUGUGUUCUCAAAACUGGAUUUGUAAAAGCAAUAGGCCUACUUGGCACAAAUAUGUCCAUGCAAGGUUAGUUUUCUCGUCUGACCCAUUACUUGUGCUUAGCAUGGAUGCUUCUCCAUGUAGCCAAAUGUAAAGCAGAGGCCAAUGUCAUGACGUGUUUGUAAAAGCUGUACAACUCCUCACAUAAAAAAAAGAGACUUGCUCUGUGUUUCUUGGCUUCAGCUUUUUCUGCUUCAAGGCUGUUCAACAUGCUUUAACUUUCCACUAAUGCACACCUUUUGACAUGUCUAUUCGACAAAAACCUGCAUGCUUUGGCUGGAUCAGAGUCUAACGGAAUUUGUUUGCUAUUAUUAUUAUUUCACCUGAUUGAAACAUUGUACAUUGUACAAAAAAUAUAUAGAGAAAUAUCUAUAGAACAUGGUGUAAAUAUAAGGGAUGUGGUUGAGUUUAACAAUCGAAAAAACAAGAAUGUUACACUUGUGCUACAGUGCAGUUGUUCAAUGACAUGCAUUUGUGUACAGUCAAUAGAAAUGACCACGAUUGACCACUGUGUU